AUGGUCUACACCAACGAGCCCCAGACAACUGACCAGAGAUCGGUACUCUGGACGGAUCGCUCCUGGGCUCAAAAGCAGCUUUCACACUGGACCAAUCGAGGAUGCUGUUUUAAACCUGAGACUGCUAAAGAUGCUUUGCAGCUGUUUGAGAUGGAAACGGUUUUGUCCAUGGAGCAGAGGGAGGAGAAACCACACAUAGAUAUAUCUUCCAUCACGACUACGGAGGACUUAAAAAAGAUUUUUCUCACCCGCCCAUAUGAUCAGAAACCUGAAGUAAAGCUGCCUCCACAGAUAAACGAGAAAGUGACAAUGACUCAGAACGUGUUGAAGAGACAGAUUGUGGAACAGAGAUUGGGACGCCUCUUGGAGAAAGACAAGCGUAUUUUGCAGGAGCUGAAGAGUCUGCACUGUGACCCUCAUCCAUACUGCACAGUCCUACCUUCAGAAUCUGAUUUCACCUUCUGGAAGAUUCUGAUGCAGGGUCCUCCUGAAACACCGUAUGAGAACGGAGUGUUUGAGCUGUAUUGUGAGUUUGGGACAGAAUACCCCGUGAAACCACCGCUGAUGAAAUUCCUCACACCCAGCUCCUAG